AUGGUUGCUCCACAUGGCCGCAUCCGUGGCGGAGGGCAUGGCACCUCGGCCCAGUACGGUCAGCACUGCAGCAAAGUUCCACCGACAUUGCACACAUCCAACGAGUUCGUACAUUAUCAAGCGCCAUUGUGGGCGCUGCGUCACACACAGACUACUAGGAUCGGGACAAUGCUGAUGGCAGCGCCAUACCCGUUUGGGGUGGAACACUCGCUUGGUCGUUUUCUCGUCUUCAUAACGUUUCCGAACAAAUUUGGAAAGACGGCACGAUCGACGACCCUUGCUGUUGGCGUGGAACCAGAAGACGGGUACUGGGGCAACGGCAACAGUGUCGCGAAAGCCACCGGCUUGGGUUUCCAGCCAGUCACCGUUUGGCGUCGUUGUUUUUACCUCUUGGGACAAUCGCCUGGACCCACUCUGCCGCUCCACCAUGGCCGUUGA